AUGCUUCGCCACAAUUUUCGGCUGAUAAGGAAUCAAUUGGUUGGCUGGAGACUUUCCAUGUCAGCUUGCAUAGAACACGUGCGGAGAUCGUGGCGAGGCAGAGACGGCAGAGGGAAAUUCUCUCCAAUCCCUCUCACUCACCGAGUACGUGUUACAUUGACAGACCGAAUACAGCAUCUCAGAACCUCAAGUGUGCCUGAAAGUCAGCCUCCUUUAACGUUAAGUAAUAAUUUACAAUACCUCUCGCAGGAUCGCGAGACGCCCAGCGCUUUUGACGGAGGCUUUAGCUUAACCUGCUUCAAUAAUCACCCGGAGACGUCGCGACCCUUGUCAGGUUCGUCCUUCGUCACAAGAUCCUCAGGCAAACACCAGCGCCAUCUCAGGUCUCUCGCUCAACAUCGCCGCUCAUAG